UUAAAAACAAUAACCGAAUGUCAUGUUUCGUCGAAAUACUUCCCAACAAAUUAUGUGCUUCAUCUUGGUGUUUAGGGCAAGGAUUGAAAACUCUUACUGUACCGGGGGGGGGGGGGGGGGGGGGGGGGGGGGGGUCCGAUAGGAAAACCUCCUACCGGAUGCUAAAUCGUUAGGAGCUCUUUAGUGGUACAAAACGAUAAUACCUCGAUUAAACCACAAUUUCAGCAUAAAAUACUCUAUCGCUGACUUUUUCAGUACAACCUCCGAUAAGGUUUUACAAUCCUUGGUUUAUAGUCUAUGAUUUAAAUAGUUAAGACCUAGGGUUCACUCGUCAAGAGUUAGAGUAUAGUAUCAUGCCCCAAAAUUCGGUUAAGUCAAAGUCUAGAUUGCCUUUUCUUACCAAUGGUAUGCGUUACCUUUUGAUUAUACUCAAAGUACAAUAGAACAUAUUAUAUAUAUACACACAUAUAUAUGUGGUUGUGUGUGUACAAUAUAAUGGGUUUUCCAUAUUUUCGGGCUAAACAGAUUUUGACCAUUAACUCUAGUGCAUUUUCUCGACCAAGCCAAUGAUUGAACCGAGUUGGCAACCUUGAUAAAUAGUCAAAUUUAUACCUACACCAAUGAUUUAUAGUAUUGCUAAACCGGUUUCUGACCAUUAACUCUUAACUCAUUUUAUUGACCGGGCCAACAACUUAAAUCAAGUUGACCACCUUGAAAAUGAGUGUAAUUAAUAUCUUACACCAAUGAUUGAUAAUAAUAUAUCUUAAGUGUGUGGAUUUGCGGUUACUUUAAUUCAAUUCGUGACUCAUUGGUUGAGUGAUUAAAAUGCUCGAGUUGAAAUGUUGAUUGUGUAUGGUGAACUUCAUCAACCAAAUUUGUGAUAAUAUGAUAAUAAAGACCGAAGUGAAGUUUAAAAUAUAAUAUGAAAUUCCUUUAGGAACCAAAAGAAAUAAUAAUAAUAAAAGACAAAUGAAAAGCAUAAGUUUUGCACCUAAUAAGAGUGAAACUUAUAUCCAAGAUCAAUGGUUAACUAUAUGAGUGAAUUAAACCGCAAACUUCAAUUUGCCUACAGCCGUGGUUGGCCCAUUUGAGGUUGAGGCCCAAGUCAGUGAGUCUCCUAUGAAAGCAGGACGCAAGUGAAAAGAUUGAAACACUGCAUUUCAUUAAAUUAGGAUGAAAAGACGAAAAUGUCAUUCCUUGAAGCUCUCAAGAGACAUUUUUUUUGAAUUCCUACAUUUUGGAGUCAUGAAUAUGCUUCAUAAAUUUUAUAGAAAUAAAAAUUAUAUAGACCAUAUAGUAAUUAUAAAAUGAGGGUGAAAUAUGUUUACCAAUUUUGUUUUCCUUUCAUGUUGAAAAAAGUAAUCAUUUAUCUAUAAUAAAAGUUAAUUAUUUUAUUAUCCACUUAUUUUAUUCUCUUUUUAUUCAUUUUCCAAUUUCCACCGAGCUCCCCCCUUAUCUCUCCGCCCGUUUAGCAAUUAACCACAAGCAACACCACACCAAUCUAGAACUUUCCUUAUCUCCCUCCACUUCAACCUAAAGAGCAAGAUAAAGGCUCUGUUCUGUUUUUCCCCCUCUAGCGAUCCUCAUAACUCGUUCUCUGUGCAUGUAUGUUUUUCUCUCUCAAAUCAAAAUAAAUCAGCAAAUCCAGAAACUUAGAACCUCGAUCUUUCUCUCCCUCCACUUUAUAUCCCCUCACUGAAUGGGAGAGCAAGAUAGAGCCCUUCUUUUUUCUUAUGAGUUAUGACGGUCAGAGGAAGAAACAACGGAUGUGUUGGUUACCAUCGCAUUCAGGGUGGCGGGAGGGCGGUAGAGACAGCAACUGCGUUGGUGACCAUCAAUUCACGGCGGCGGAGGACAAUAGAAACUAUGGCUGUGUUGGUAACCCCUGAUUCACGAAGGCGGGGGGCAAUACAACUUCAGAUCGUCUACCUGACUUUGGCCGAGGAGGAGAGAAGGGUUCGCCGAUCGGCUAAGAGAGCAGGGUCCGGUGAGAAAGAUCUUUGAAGCUGGUCGAUUUCUUCUUCCCUUUCUAGAAUGAAAAUGCAAUACCAUAUAGAUGUGCCCUGAGAGAAUUGGUUAUGGGUUGGGAAUAGAAGAGGGCCCAUGGGAAAAAGAGGCAGGACUGAAGAGGGCCGAAUUACCGGAUAGAAAAGGAAGUGCAGUGGGCCUAGUUAUUGAAGGGUGAGUCGGCGGAGCCCAGAAUGUGAAACGCACAGCAGAAUUAAGUUGGCUGGAAAAGUCAUUACUGCCCCUUCCGUGAAUCAAUCAGAGAGCUUCAUUUUCAAAAUGAUGAAAAGGUGACUCAUGAAUAUGCUUCAUAAAUUUUAUAGAUACACUCACUUCAUAAUCGUCAUAAUCGUCAUUUUAAACAUGUAAUUCAUGUUAAAAUAAUGUCAAUCAUCAGUUAUGAUGCGAUUGAACAAUAAAGCACAUGAAUUUGCACAAAAAAUCAUCCAAGAUUUACUUUGAAGGAUUUUUAGAGUUUAGAGAUUUAGGGUUAGGGUUUACAUUUGGUGUUUAGAGACAAUAUUCAAAAUUGGAGGUUAGGGCUUAGGGCAAUCCGUUAAUUAGUUGCGAUCAUAUGUUACAUCAUCAUAUUAUACUAAUUCUACAAUUUAAAAUUCAAAAUCAGAUACCUUAAGACUAGUUUUUGAGUUGUGUGCAUUGAACGCGCUCAUUUUUGUGAGUUCACCGAAGUAAUCACCUUAUAAAUACUUGAAUAUGCUCUAUGACUAGGGUGGCAUAGGAUCCAUAUCUAUGAGUUCAAUCUGAUUCAUCUUGGCGUAAAGUGCAAGUAGGCGGUGAAUCGGGUUGCAAUAUACUCGAUUGAAGAUUGAGGAAUGCAAUCAGGAUAAUUAGGAACCAUAUCAAUACAAUCUAAUCCAUCCAUCAAAUUAUCCACCUAAUCCAAUCUACUUAAAUUCAUUACAUUUUAUCCCAAUCCAAUUGGAUUUGUGGAUUCAUGGAUCAUCUAAAUGGCAAAUUACGGUUCUGUACCUAUACUUUUUAUAUUUUACAUUUUGGUACCUGAAAUUUAUUUUUUAUAUAAAAAAUACCACCCAUAGAAAAAUUAUGUUUUGGUACCUAAAACUUUUCAUUAUGACAUUUUCGUACCUAAACUUUUCAAAAUUUACAUAAUAGUCCAAGGCUUAAAUGUCAUUUGGAUUCAUGAAUCAAUCCACUUGAUCCAAUUCAUGAAUCCACUAAUGCAUUCGAGCCAUGGAUCCACCAAUCCAUUAAUUCAAUCCAUCUGCCACCUCUAUCUAUGACUUAGCGAAAGCUUGAAGAAACAUUUAAACAAGAU